GAGUGUAUAUGCUUGAUUUGAUUUCUAUCCACCCGCUAAUGGGAAUGGCGAGUUGGUAGGAGUGUUGAUGUUUGACUUCCCAAAAGGAGAAUGGCAGAUGCAUGUGAAUCUUCUGAUGGAUACGAAAUUGAUUAAAUAAAAAGGUUGUGAAUGAGUGGAUGGCUCCAAAUUCCGCCAAGUCGCGCCUGCAGCUUUUGCUUGUCUCUACCCUCCCAUCAUCCACCAAUGGCGUCCCAAGGCAUUCUUCUGGGAAUGGGCAAUCCCCUCCUUGACAUCUCAUCCGUCGUCGACCCCGAGUUCUUGCAAAAUUUGGCCUUGCACAAAAUAUCAAGUUGACAGAAUUUGUUGGUUCUUGCGCUAACAGUCAGAUACGACCUCAAGUUGAACGACGCAAUCCCUGCAGACGAAAAGCAUCAGCCUAUUUAAAGCAUGUUACCCGUUUGCCAAGCAAAAGAAGAAUAUAGUGCGGGACUUGUGUAUGACCUACUGGGAAUAGAUCCUCGGAACAGUUGGUUCCCAACAGAAUCUGGGCUCUACAUUUUCUUUAUCACCUUGGAAUCAUUUGUGUUGACAAAAGAUAAUUUAACUGAGAUGAACUAUGGACCAAUCUUUCGCACAUGAUCAUCUCAGGUACGAAGAAAUGGCCACAAAACAUAACGUGGAGUACAUAGCUGGAGGUUCUACUCAGAAUUCAAUUAGGGUUGCACAGUGGAUGCUUCAAACACCAGGUUUAACAACUUAUAUUGGUUGCAUUGGAAAUGAUAAAUUUGGCCACGAGAUGACGAAGUACUCAAAAGAUGCUGGCGUAAAUGUACAAUAUUAUAUAGAUGAAACCACGCCCACUGGAACUUGUGCUGUUUGCGUAGUUGGUGGUGAAAGGUCUCUUGUUGCCAAUUUAGCGGCUGCAAACUGCUACAAGUCUGAACAUUUGAAGAGACCGGAAAUUUGGGCUUUGGUUGAGAAGGCCAAGUAUUUCUAUAUUGCUGGCUUCUUCCUCACUGUCUCCCCAGAUUCCAUCCAGUUAGUUGCUGAACAUGCAGCAGCAAAUAACAAGGUCUUCAUGAUGAACCUCUCUGCCUCGUUUAUUUGUGAGUUCUUCAAGGAUGCACUGGAUAAAGUUUUGCCGUAUAUGGACUUCGUUUUUGGAAACGAGACUGAGGCAAGGUCAUUUUCUAAAGUGCAUGGCUGGGGGAUUGAUAAUGUGGAGGAGAUAGCUCUGAAGAUUUCCCAGUUGCCGAAGGCAUCAGGAACACACAAAAGGAUCACUGUGAUCACACAAGGAGCAGAUCCUGUGUGUGUUGCUGAGGAUGGGAUGGUGAAAAAGUUCCCUGUGAUACCAUUACCUACAGAGAAACUUGUUGAUACAAACGGAGCAGGAGAUGCAUUUGUUGGAGGAUUCCUUUCACAAUUUGUUCAGGAGAAGGCCAUAGAAGAAUGUAUCAGAGCUGGAUGUUACGCAGCAAGUGUUAUCAUGCAAAGUUGUGGGUGUAAAUUCCCAGAGAAGCCUGAUUUUAACUGAAUAAUCCUUACUCCCCAUUCUGCGAAGGCUCUGAUUGUCGACCACUGAGAAGCCACUGCUGUAUUUUAAUUUAUAGUUGCAUUCGUAGUCAUGGAAUUAAAGGGCUAUCAUUAGCAUGGCUCUUGCCUCUUGGGGUUGAGAUUUUUGAGCCGUUGGCCAGGGAAUAUAGUUGCAGAGAGUAGCUGAUGUAAUGUAAGGUAGUCCAGGGAAGAAGAUUGGAGUAGGUGAGAUGAUAUCAAACAAGGGAAAGAAUUGUAAUGUCACAUGACUGCAAUAAUUUUCAGCGAGAGAUUUGGACCUCCCAGCUGGUAGCGUGGACCCUUCUGACUAGCAUUUAGUUGGAUGUUUGGUCAUCCUUUCUCGGACUUGACAUUAUCUAACAGGAUCUUCUUUUGUUUUUUU